GCGCACAUGCGCAGUACUCACAGAAGAUGUCGGGGGAACACGCCGAGUCACUACAACACAGCUAAAAGUGAAGGAUGGUGUAGCAUCUAGCCUUUUUCAUGGCUCUGACGGUGCUGCGGAGGGUGCACGUGCUGAAGAAAGUGGCGGUACCCCUCCUCUUCUCUCCUGCCACUUUGAAUGCAGGGGAGCAUCAUGUGUGUAUUCCAUCCAUCUGGACCUCUGGAGUUUGCCAUCAGCUCCUCCGUGGCUGUUCUCCCUCUGAGCUGGGACGGAGAUGGCUGUGCAUCACAAGCCGGGAGCCUCUCUUUCUUGUGUCUGGUUCCAUCCGUCUGUCUCGUGACCCCUCUGUGGCGGGACGUCCCACAUCUUUGCUGCACCGCCUGAGCUCUGAUGAGGAUUGUGUCUUUAAAGAUCGUCUCGCGUCCUGCACUUCGUCUCGGCAGGUUCUACGCCUCUUGCGCUCUUCUCCACAUCUUUCGGGAGCUGCUGCUGCUUCUGUUCUCCACCGGCUGGCUGAUUUGGAGCAGGAUGGGGCCGGGGGUCUUCGGGAUCCUGAUACACUGCUAUCUGACGUGGCUUUGAGCGAACUAUGUUCGAGGCUGGAGAAGGAAUCAGCUGAGCUGGAAGAUGAGGCAGUGAUACAGGCUCUGCAAGGCUGCACCCGUCUCUACUUGGAUCCAUGGAGUCACCUAGUGGUCAGACUGGUGUCUGAGAGCCAGGUGAGGUUAGACCGAGGGCACUUGAGCAUUGGAGCGCUGUGCGGCUUAGCAAGAGCGCUUUUUGCGCUAGAAGGGCCGAACUGUGCCAUGCUAGCGCAGGCUAUGAGUCAACUUCAGAAUAAAGCUCCAGCUCUUUGGGAUACAAGUGAACUGACCGCUGUCUAUAGCAUGCUAGCUGCCGGUUUGGCUGAAGGAGGCCGCUACCAGGACUUGCUAAACAAAAUGAACGCCCGAGCACUUAGUCUAGCCCCAAAAAUGGACCCCCUAACGGUCAGUGAAACGUUAGGAGCACUAGUUACAUUAAGUCAAGCGCAGGCUUUACCACUAGUGAUUGCGCUGUGCAAACAGGCUGUACGGCACGUCCCGAACUUUGCAGAUACGGAACUAGCCGUGGUGCUGUCUGCACUCAUGCACUAUGGACACAGUGAUCAUUUUCUUGUAGAAGCGCUCGAACGGCACGUGCCGAAGACUGCCUUUACUGCUCACCCGGAGACUGUAACCAAGGUGAUGCAGUAUUUCGGGCGGAGGCGCAUUUUCUCGCCACCCGUUUUUGAUGCAGUUGCUGAAAGCUUCGUGUACAGAGCAGAUGAGUAUGCCACAGGGCAGGUGUCUCAGCAGAUAGCAGCGCUCGGAGUGGUGGGAUACGUACCUCAGGAGGCAGGACGACUCUUCCGAAAAGUGGAGUCAGUCCUAAGCGCCCGCUUUUCACAAUUCCAACCCAGAGCCCUGCUGGAGCUGCUGCAUGCCUGCACCCUGUUGCAGAGGUACCCGCUCAACUUCGUCUCCAAAGUCUUCAGCCCAUACUUUCUACAGCAACUUCAGGAAGAGGGCAGCGGAAUGGAUCGUGUCAUGUUGGCCCAGCUGACGCAGCUCUACAUGACGGUGAAGCUGGAGUGUCCAUUCUAUGAUGGUCCACGGCUUUUACCCAAGCUGCGCGUGAAGUCGUUCCUGUUUCCAGGACGUUCACUUGAGACCCCAGUAGACCCUCACCUGUAUAACACUGUGAAGACUGGCCUGGUGGAUCUACUGGGGGCUCGAUCCUACUUUGCAUCCAGAGUCCUUACACCAUACUGCUACACACUUGAUGUGGAGAUAAAACUAGAUGAAGAAGGCUAUGUCUUACCUGCCAGCCAUGAUGAAGUAUACAAAAGGAUUGCUCUGUGUAUUGAUGGGCCAAAACGCUUUGCUGCUAAUGCCAGACAACUUCUGGGGAAGGAAGCUAUCAAGCAGCGACACCUGAGGAUUCUGGGAUAUGAAGUUGUUCAGAUUCCCUAUUAUGAGUUUGAAAAGCUGAAGGGCAAGGCAGAGACAGUGGAGUACCUACACAAGAAGAUUUUUCCUCACAGCUUUAGACUCAGCUGGUGAUCACUGGUUUACCUCACAGACAUGCUAAUACCACCAAUCUCUCUCUCUCAAACCAAACACAUGCAGACCAUGACCAUAGACUCUUUCUGACAACAAAGCAGCCACAAUUUCCACUUCUUGUCAAACACAUCCAGAAGAUAAACAUAUCACACCACAGAUUUGAACUUUGUUACAUAAUAAUGUUGGAGUCCUAAGUGGUGUCAUUUUAGUGUUGCUGUUGUUCAUAUGAAUAAGCCUUGGUUAUUUAGUGUCCAAUAUAUUUUUUUAUGAAACUUCAGAUACAAAUCUAUGUAAAUUAUUUAAUAAUAAAGGAAAGGACGAUGAUCCUUUAACAUA